UCGUCGCCAUCGUCAUCGUGUUAGCACGCAUCACAAUUUUUCGUUCAAUAGUGUCCUGGCGCGCACCCAGAUCGCUAAAGAGCGUAUUCAACCUCGUUUCGUCAUGGGGCUGUGAGUCCAGUUUGAGCUGCGGGGGGACGCUGUUUUCUGAGGAGCCGUUGGUCUCUCUUUCCAUGACUCGACGAGAGUAGGGUGCGGCGCGAGCGGGGUGAUUUCUCAUGGUUUUGAGAAGCAGCAGGACUUUAGGGGAAGUGUGUGCGUGUGAAGCGCGCGAAUCGCGUGGGAGUCUGCGGCGGUCGAGGCUGUAAGUGCGUUUGGUGUGUACGUGCGCGCUGGAUGGUGUUGUUGAAUGAUAGAUUCGUAAGGAAGUGCCGCGAGGGCGGCGCGUGAACAGUGGGGAGGAAGGCGAUCUCAAAGACACCAGUCGCGCGUGACCAGUUGAAUGAGCCUUUUUUGGGGAGAGGGGAGACUGCGAACGUGGGUUAUGGACGAUAGGAAGGUCAUGGAAAACUACCAGGAUUCUAACGUUAACGGUGGUUCCGCUCCACCUGGAAAGAAAUCCAGUCUAUUAAGCACUUUCGGUGGGAUUUUGAUUGUUUUGGUAGCUCUGAUGGGAGCCCAGCUGGCAUCUCAAGGAUGGGUGCCUCGGCCGGACUGGGAGAAGGAAAGCUAUCCUGAAGCUAAAGACCUGGUGUUGAUCCCCUUGUUUGCUGUGCUCUUUCCGACCGUGCGAUACUUGUUCGACUCAUUUUUCUUGGAGAAAGUUGGAAGGAAAGCUAUAUUGGGUGCAAAGACACCAGCCAUAGUCACAUUGACAGAAGAUGUUGAUGAGUACCAACGUAAGAAGUUUAUCAAAUUCAAGGAGUCCGCGUGGAAGGGGCUUUACUAUCUCACUGCGGAAGUGUUUGCUUUAGCAGUGACUUACAAUGAGCCCUGGUUCACUGAGAGCAAACAAUUUUGGAUAGGCCCAGGCGACCAACAAUGGCCCAACCAGAUGAUGAGGCUCAAGUUGAAGGUGCUCUACGGAUUUGCUGGAGGGUUUUACACCUACAGUAUCUUCGCCUUGAUUUUUUGGGAGACCAGACGCAAAGAUUUUGGUGUCAGCAUGACACAUCAUGUUGCUGCUGUUGUCCUCAUCAUUUUUUCUUAUCUCGCCAGAUUUGCCCGAGUAGGCUCAGUUGUACUCGCCAUCCACGAUGCCAGUGAUGUGAUCUUGGAAUCUGCGAAAUUGAGCAAGUACCUUGGGUCAGAGAUUUUUGCAAGCAUUUUUUUUUUGGUGUUUGCGUUGUCUUGGGUCAUCUUGCGGCUCAUCUACUUCCCCGCGUUCGUCAUAUGGAGCACCAGCUAUGAAGUAUUGCAGCUUCUUGAUCGAGAGACGAAUCCGCAAGGCCCUGUUUUGUACUACAUCUUCAAUACCUUGUUGAUCAGCUUAUUCAUUCUGCACAUCUAUUGGUGGGUGCUAAUGUGGCGUAUGAUCUUGAAGCAAAUUCAAGAUUGGGGAAGAAUCUCAGAUGACAUUCGCUCCGAUUCAGAAGACGAAGAUGAUCCAAAUAAGGAGGAUUGAUAUCGAGCCAACCUAAAUUAUAUUCAUGCCGAAUCGAAUCUAGUGUAAGAUUGAACCAGCGCAUACGCCCUUGUUAUGUACAUUUUGUGAACUCCCUUGCGUGAGAAGAAAGAGGCCAUACACAUUUCAAAGUCUGUAGAAUAUGCGCUCUGCUGUUAGGUUCUCACAAAGAGCAUCCUUGUUGUAAGAGUGAUCACAUGGUAAAGAUAGAUAGGACCAAGGACCUCAUCCUUCUGCCCUAAAGCCUUGGGAGGUAUGAGAGAUCCUGUAUUCUGGCACCAGAAAUACGUGAUAAGGAGUUCCAUCGAGAAUUGUAAAUGUAGAACGAUAAAAACCACUUCUAAUUUAUUUAUUUGUGGAUCAAA